AUGGGAGAAGAGUGCUGCUUUGCUCAAAACCACAGCUGGUUACUUGCACAGUUAUCAAGUCCCUGCCAGGAUUUACUGGUUCCCUUCCCUUCAAACUUGAAACUGGAGAAAGAAGAUGUGCAGCUCUUCUAUUACUUUGUUGAAUCUGAAAGAAACCCAAGGGAUGAUCCUCUUUUGCUCUGGCUCACUGGUGGUCCUACUUGCUCUGGUCUAUCUGGGCUUGCUUUUGAGAUAGUCCGCAAGAAGCUUUUGACUAAUUUGUGUUUUUGUGUGGGGCCUAUGAAGUUUAACAUGGUGGAGUAUAAUGGUAGCUUACCAACAUUUGUUUCCAGCAUAAUAUUUGUGGAUGCACCUAUUGGCACCGGGUUUUCAUAUUCAAAAAGCUCGAAAGGGUCCAGUGAUAUUUUGUUUAUUAAUCAUACUUAUGGUUUCCUCAAGAAGUGGUUACUCUCUCACCCUGAAUUCAUUUCAAACCCAAUCUACAUUGCUGGUGACUCAUUCUCUGGCAUGAUUGUUCCAGUUGUCGCUGAAGAAAUAGCAAAGGGUAUUGAAGCCGGAAGCAUACCAGAAAUCAAUUUCAAAGGUUGUCUACUUGGGAACCCAUUGACAGAUAUUAAUAUUGAUGCAAAUUCAAGGGUUCCAUUUGCCCACCACCUCGCACUUAUACCAGAUGAACCCUACAAGUCAGCAAAAAAGAGUUGCAAAGGACUGUACACAGGAAUCAACCAAAGCAAUAAACAAUGUGCAAUGGAUAUCCAGGCUUUCUCAGUGUGCACUGAAAAAUUAAAUUUUGAGCACAUCUUGGAGCCUCAGUGUAGACCAAGCUCCGACACAAAUAGUAAGGACCACCAGAAGAAUCUCCUGGAAAGCUCGGAAGAUUCGCAAUUUAAACUUAACUUGAUUCACCUGAGCCUUCUUCCAAAACUUCAAGAGCCAGGACUUGGUUUUCCAAAAUUUGGGUGCAGGGAUUACGAGAAUUUGCUGAUCCAUGUUUGGGCGAACGAUGAUAAUGUUCAAAAGGCGCUUCAUGUUCACAAUAGGAUUUUCUGGAUGAGAUGCAACAGCAGCAGCUUGCCAUACAGAAGAUAUUUCCAAAGUGUGGUUAGCUAUCAUCUAUCUCUCAACACCAGAGGUUAUCGAGCUCUAAUAUACAGCAGUGACCAUGACAUGGUGGUACCCUACCUGGGAACCCUCGCAUGGAUUAGGUCUCUGAACUUUACCGUUGUUCAUCUCUGGAGACCGUGGCUAGUUGACGGUGGAAUUGCAGGAUACUCAAGGAAACAUUCAAACAACUUUACAUUUGCAACUGUUAAGAUAAGAGUGCUUGGAGGAGGUCACACAGCUCCAGAAUAUAAGCCUAAGGAGUGCUUUGCCAUGUUCAAAAGGUGGAUCUCCCAAGAAACGCUGUGA